AUGUCACUCAUCCAUCAGAUAUUCUCCCUAGCCAUCUCUAUGGAUUCAAAGUGCCAGAAGCUUAUUUCCUUAUGCCCUCAAGUAGAGGUAGAUUACGAAGAAGGGAAACUUCGUGUGACUGGAAAAGUAGAGGGGAGCAAUAAAAGGAGGGAUUGUCUCCCUAUGUCCUGGAAAAAAUUCAGUUUACCUGGGGAAGAAGCUACCCAUUUUCGCUGCGUUGGUUGCAAUGGGGAGAAACAUGGAACAUUUGAAAAGGCUCCACUCAAGAUCAAACACUCUUCAUCCAAAACAUUCUCUUCAACUUGUCUUGCGGAGGGAAUAUGCUAA